AGUCCUUGGCUGUUGACCUCCACUUCAACAAACGCCGGCUCAACAGCGUGAUUUCGGCCAGAAAACACCACCAGCGUCCCCUCCCCCGGAAGCAGCCUGUCCACAUCAUCCAUUCAGGGAGAAAAUAUAACGCCAUCCCAUCAUCAAGGGGGCGCCCCUGGCCCGUGCACAAGUGACGUCCGCUGUCUCGAUGCCAAGCUCAGACGCCAAGCUAUCCUGUCCCUGGCCCAGACGCACCUCUGGCUGGGAAGAGCAAUGAUGGAAAUUCCCUUUAAAUCGCGCCGCCCGUCCUCCUCAUCUCUCGUCUCUUCCUCGUGGCAGUCAUCCAACCGGCCCUUUACUCUGUCCUGGAUUCAUCAUGUCAGACAGCACAGCAGAGAGCAUUCUCGUCCCCUUCCUCGGGGCAUUCCAGGCCUCCUUAUCCGUGCUGCUGACCAUAUCUGCCGGAGUCAUCGCCGCCCAGUUCGGCCUCCUUGACGAUGCCAGCAGCAAGAAACUGUCCACAUUCUGUGUGCGCCUGGCCCUCCCCGCCCUCCUCAUCACAAAUGUUGGGUCCCAGCUUGACCUUGAUACUGCAGUUCGAUAUGUGCCAAUCGUCAUUUGGGCCAUCUUCUACACUGUCGUAUCCAUCGGCAUUGGCUUCAUUCUCACAAAGGUCUUUGGCAUGCCCGACUGGGUCAUUCCGGCCAUCGCCUUCAACAACACGACCAGCCUGCCUCUCUUGCUCGUUCAGUCUCUGGAUGCCACGGGAAUUCUCAGUUCCAUUGAUGACUCUUCUGGGGUAGUUACCAAGGCAAAGAGCUUCUUCCUGGUCAAUGCCAUGGUGGGAAACUCCCUGACAUUCGCUUUGGGGCCAAGACUCCUCAACGGCCAAGAAGAGGAGGCCCCUGACAAAACCGAAGGCGACAACGAGGAUGACGACGACACAGUCGGCGAAGACGAUCUCGAGUCCCAGGAGCAGGACGCAGUCGAGAGGAACGAACAGACUUCGCUUCUCCCCAAGCCGGCCGCUGCGAAAGGUACCCGCGUCGGAUAUUUCGCCUAUGGAAAGGGCAGCAAGUACUGGUCGUCCCUGUCGCCCACAACCCGCUCCAUUCUCGGCAUGAUGUACAGUUUUGUCAACGCACCCGUCAUCGGCGCCCUCCUCGGAGCCUUCAUCGGCCUCGUCCCCGCCCUCCACCGCCUGUUCUUCAACGAGCCCGAGGAAGGUGGCUACCUCAAUGCGUGGCUUACAUCCUCCAUCAAGAACGUGGGCGAGUUGUUCGCCGUGCUCCAAGUCAUCGUCGUCGGCGUGAAGCUUUCCAAGGCCAUCUUGCAGUACAAGAACGGAAACGACUCUAAGGAGAGCAGGGUCCCCCUGGUGCCUUUCCUGGCCGUCACUUUUGUGAGGUUCAUCCUGUGGCCAGUCAUUUCUAUAGGCGUCAUAUACGUUCUGGCCAGCCGAACGAACGUGGUGACACAGGACCCACUGCUGUGGUUCUGCUUGAUGCUCAUGCCUACUGGUCCCCCAGCCAUGAAGCUUUCUGCGCUGGCCGAUUGCGAGGACUCGGAGGAGUCGCAGAAGAUGCUUAUUGCCAAGUUUUUGACCAUUUCGUACAUAAUCUCCCCUUUGAUCUGCUUUGCAGUUGUCGGUGCCUUGAAGGCCAGCAAGGCUGUGACCGGGAAAUAGCGUAAAUCUAGAUACUUGUCUAUGUUUGACGAUAAAAAACACCUUGUUA